UAUUUUAUGAAUUUUUUUAAAAAUGUGCAUAACCUUCAUGUCACCAUUUAGUUGUCGUAAUGGACUUUAUACAAAGAACAUGAAUAUUGUGAGCAAUUCAAUUUUCAAUGAACGCUUCAAAUAACAACACAGUGAUUUUGGACAUUUUUCAUUCCCAAACAAAAAAAAAUUACCAUGUGAAAAUAUGAAAGAUUUCCAAAAGUAAAUGGAUCAAAUAUCAUGUUUCCAAACUCACACACAGUCAUCAUGAUUAUUCGUAAUGAUUUUGGCUCCAGACAAGGUUGAAAAACAAUUCAACCAACAUAUAGGACAACGAUAUAAAUCAAAACUUCUAUGUACUAUUACUAUAACAAAACAAAGAACUUGUCAAAUACGUAAAACAAAAUUUAUAAGUAAUAAAACAAUUUUACAUUCUAGACUGUUUCUAUGUCAAUUAUUUAGUGUUUUUAUAUUAUCUAUUGUCAAUAUUGAUUGUACAAUUGUUGUACGUUUAGAAAUGCAUGAAGAACAACAAAAUACUACACUUGUUGGAAUUUUAAUUCAAUAUAUUCCAAAUUAUCUUAUUACACAACAUAAACAUUUGCUAUUUAGACCAAUUAAUAAAGAUCAUGCAUAUUUAUUUCAUGUGACACCAGAGGAUGGUAGAAUUUAUGUGUCGAAAAGAAUUGAUCGAGAAGAAUUUUGUCCUUACAAUGAUAUCAAUGAUCAUCAACAUCAUUUUAUUUCAUCAAAUGUACAAAUUCAUCAACAGACAGAAUUAAAUUUAUACAACAUUUCUCAUUUACAUGAGUGUCGAUUAACAUUCAGUGUGAGUUUAAUCAAAACGAUGAAUGAAAUCAUUGAUAUCAUUGAAGUGAUUCGUAUUUAUAUAAUUGUAAAUGAUAUUGAUGAUAACUAUUGUACUUUUACACCUGAUUCUAAACAGACUAUUUACUUACCUGAAGAUAUUAAACCUCAUUCACAUAUUAACAUACAAUUACAUCAACCUUGUGAUCUUGAUGCUCAUCCAGAUCAUACGAUUAGUUCUAAUAAAAUAUUUAUGUACAAACAAAAUAAAACUUCUGCAACAAAUCAAUCAACAGCACUUGAAUUACGUGAAGACGAUUUACCAUUUAAUUUGAUCAUAUCAUCAACCGGAUCACUGAUUAAACCAUAUUCAUUAAGCCUUUUUGUAACAAAAGCAUUAGAUUAUGAAAUUUUACCUGAAUAUCAUCUUAUCGUAGAAGCAAACAGUAAGUAUGGUAUGUUGAAUCAGCGAUGCUUCUUGGAAUUGAAUAUUAAAGUACAAGAUAGAAAUGAUCAUAAGCCAUAUUUUACCACUAAUUAUACAGAAAUUAAUAUUGCUGAAAAUUUCAAUACUGCACUACCAAUAUACACAUUUUCAGCUAUCGAUCUAGAUAUGGGAGAUGUGUACAGCCAAAUUAUUUACGAAUUAGAUUCUAAAGUAUCCGAUUCGAUUAAAGCAACCUUUUUUAUAAAUCCUAAAAAUGGUUCUGUAUAUCUAAAGAGUAAAUUAAAUCAUAGAGAAUGUUCAUUGUAUACCAUUCCAAUUAUUGCAAGAAAUCCGUACAGUUUCGAAGUGAACAUUUCAAAAGAGUCAAUGAAAAGUCAAUUCAAUGAUGAUAGCUCUAUAAAUUAUAAUUCAAAACAAAUUGAAACAGAUUUUUAUUCAACUGCAAAAUUGAUUGUAAAAGUUAUUGAUGUUAACGAUAAUUCACCUGUAAUCACAUUCCAAUCACUUGAUGGCAAUACAACACUCAGUAUACUUGAACAUUCAAAGAAUUUACCUUUAGAUUUUGCUAUCAUAUCUGUAACUGAUAAAGAUGAUGGUUUGAAUGGUAGGAUUUCAUGUUAUCUCAAAGAAAAGUAUAGAGAUCAGUUUAAAUUGACACCAAUAAUAACUAACAGUAAUAUUGGAACAAUGUCUAAUGUUGGCUUAUUCAAGAAUCACAGUGGUGAAUUAUCUCAUGAAAAAAACAUAUGGUCACAAUCUGAAAUGAUCUAUAAACUUUCUGCAUCCGUAUCGUUUGACCGUGAACAGACUGACUAUAUUAAAUUGAUAGUUGAAUGUUACGAUCAUGGAACACCAAGUUUAAUGUCAAAUAAAUUAAUACACGUUGAAAUCGCUGACAUUAACGAUAACAAACCAAUGUUUAAUUCCAGUGAAUUACAUUUAGCUAUAAUAGAAGACAGUGAUCCUAAAAGGAAACAGAUACAUUAUGAAGUUAUCAAACUUGUAGCAACAGAUAAUGAUACUGGAAUAAAUGCUUUAAUAAGAUAUCAAAUAAUUGAUGACCAUAGAAUUACUAAUCAUUUUCAUAUAGAUGAAUUAACUGGACUUAUUCAAUCCAAAGGGAAUCUAGAUCGAGAACUAUGUGAUCACUAUGAAUUGACAGUUGUUGCACAAGACUGUGGUCUACCAACUUUAUCGACUUCAAUCAAUAUUAAAAUUAACAUACGUGAUUAUAAUGAUGAACAGCCAACAUUCACAAAACAAAUAUAUGAAUUCCGUAUGAUUGAGAACAAUCCAUUGAAUCAAUAUAUUGGAAGUGUUAUUUGUUCAGAUCAUGAUCUAGGCAGUAAUGGAUUCAUUAACUUUGUAAUUGAAUCAAUGCCUUACGAUACACAUAUUUAUCAUGCUAAUGAUUUUUCUAUAUCUUUAUCUUCAUUGUCAAAAACAUCAAAUAUAACCAAUGAACAACUGACUAAUAGAUCAUCUAAAUUACAAUUACCAUUUGAGUUACUUAGUUAUUAUGAUACACAGAAAGCUACUUACUUAGUAAAAAUAUAUACAAAAGGUAUAAUUGAUCGUGAAACAUUAGCACAAAAGUUAGACACAAAGAGAACAACUAAAUUUUCAUCUGCAUUAUCUCAUAAAUCAUAUGGAAUGAAAAGUAAAUCUUCGAAAAUUAUUCAUGACUUAGACAUUAUGAUGUAUAAAUUUUGGAUUGUAGGUGAGGAUCAAGGUCAACCGCAACAACGUGGUCGUGCAUUAAUACACAUUAUUGUUGAUGAUGAGAAUGAUAAUGAACCAUAUUUUAUUUCACCAAAACAAGAUCAUACUUUGAUUGAACUGUCCUACUUAGAAAUAGUACGAUAUCCAAUUAUUAAAUUGCUUGCAAUCGAUAACGACGCAGGAAUAAAUGGUACUGUCAGAUAUGAAAUAUUAAAAAUAACCCGCGAAGUUAUACAGAACAAUACUGAACAGGAUCAAAUGAGAACUAUGCAAAAUGCAUUUUCCUCAAAUAAGUCGGAUAAAAACUAUGAAUUAUUAAAGAAUUCCUUAUUUUCAUUAAAUCCAUUCAGUGGCCUUUUACGUUUAAAUACUCAAUUCUCACAAUCAGACAUAGACAAGAUAAUAAAUAUUGAAAUAAAGGCUUAUGAUUUAGGCAUCCCCAUGUCAAAAUAUUCCUAUAUAUCGAUUCAUAUAAAGCCAGUCAAUAUUACGCCAUCGGAAACAAAAGGCGAACUGGAUUACGAACUGGAUGAUGAUGCUGAUGCUGAUGACACGGGAGAUUGGGAAAGUGACCAUCUUACCCAUUCAAAAUGGAGUAAUCGUAUUCAUUCCUCUUUGAAUAAUUAUAUAAUUUUAUCGACAGCAAUAGCAUCAAUACUAUUAUCAAUUAUUUUAAUGUGUUCUGUAGCUUGUAUUAUUAAAUAUAGAAAGAUAAAACAUAACUUAUUUAUGCGAAAGUCAAAAGAUGCUCAUGGACCUAAUGAAAUUAAAGAUUAUUCUUUUAGUGAAGAUGGCUCUCAAAAUAUGAGCAUGAGUCCGAUUAGAACGAAAUUCUUGUAUGAUGACAAUAAUAAUAACAAUAAUAAUAAUACUGAUCCAUUAUUACCUAACUUAUUAAGUGAAAUUCCAAACUACUCAAUCACACCUUGUAACAUUACACCUACAAUAAAUUAUGCAACAUUACAAUAUCAUACACCAUCUACCAAAUAUGUAAAUAAUCAUUAUGAAACAACACCAACAACAACAACUACUACUACUACAAUUUCUUCGCAUUAUUCAACUAUACAAAGUACUAUUCUUCCACAACCAUUAAUUGUACGUUUAGAGCCUAUUUCUACAAAUUUUUUAACUACUAAUUGUAUACAACCAAUAAGUAUUUUGUAUUCAACAAAUUCUCAAGAACAAAUUGAUCUAAAUCCUUUGGAUUAUUCUACUUCUAGGUGUUGUUCAUCAGCUUCAGAUUUGAACUGUACGCAUAAUAAUGAUAAAUUUAUCAAUAAUGUAACGAAUGAAAAGUUUGAAGAUUUACAGUUAAUCUAUGAUCAAACAAUUAAUAAAUUAUCUUAUUUAAACAAUGAAAGUGAUAUAAAUCAACUGAACAUUAAUGAAUGGAAUAACUCAAUCAAAUUGAAAUCACCAGAAUAUCAACAAUUAUGCUUUUAUUCACAACCACCAAAACGAAAUAGUCUCACAUCACUUGGUCAAGACAGUGGGAAUGGUGAUAGCCUUGAAACAACAAUGUCUUUUAUUCCUAUAACUCAAUCGAUUUGGUUCAAUAAUCCAAUGAAUGAAAUUUACGAGAAACAACCAGUUAAUUUAUCCCUAGUUCAUGUAUAUACUCCAUUGUCUAGUGUUAAAGAAAUUGAUUAUAAUAACAGUAAUACAAAUAUUUCUAAUUGUUUAACGAUAACCACUACUACAACCAUAACGAAUAUUAGUGAUAAUACAACAACUGAGAAAAUACUGUGAGCCAUUAUAUUCAAUGAAUAUUUCGCUAAUUGUUUGCUUCAAACAAUUGAACUAUUUUAAAAUAUCAAUAAGUUUUUAGAUCAAGGCUGAUAGAUGAUCUACCACUUGACUGCCUAACAUUCACUAACAGUUAUGUAUGAUUUGAUUUUGUAGAUUGUAAAUUUCUGAAUUUCUCUACUGUCAGUAUAUUGUUAACAAAAAUCGAUAUGAAAUAUUUUUAUUGAUAAUAUUAAAACAAAUAAAAUGAACAAAGCCCAGAAGUAUCAAGAUACAUCAUAUUUGACAAAGAUCAAUAAUAUUAUGUUACUUCAUUUGUAAAUGAUUUUGAAUUAUAAACUAUUCAGUUGUUUUUUUUUUUGAAAGUUUCUCUUUCAACAAUAUCAUUCAUGCCCAGUAAAUCAUUUUUAUUCACACAUGUCAAAUAAGUAAAAGCUUCAUAAAGUUUAGAUGUUGGAAUAAUCUUUAUUAUGCAAAUUGUUAAUUCAUUUAUUCUAUUAAUCUAAAUCUAAUCAAAUGAAUUUCUGUUACAUUUUAAUGACUAAAGAUAAAUUGAAUUUUGAUUGUUUCGCAUAACGGAUGCUUGUAAUAAACACUUAUUCCUUCCUUGUCUUGUAAGAUCUACUCAAUUCUGUACACGAAAAGUUUGAUUAUUAAUGUAGUUUUUA